AUGAAUGACUUGGGUAGGAGGUGGUCAAAGUUUCAAAGUCCAAAGUCAACAAACGGCUUCAGUCUUUAAGAUGAAGGACUAUAUCAGCAGCUGCUCUUUUAACCAACUGUAUCAAAACGUCAAACUUGUGUCAAAGGAUGGCGAGUAUUUCUGCAAAGAACUUAUGACCAUUUUACAGCAAAGGGCUGAGCUAGAACACAAUCAUUCCAAAGGUCUCCAAAAAUUAGCUGGAAGACUCAUGAAAGCUUCCAAAGGGAUGACCAACAACUCGGUCUACAGCGCUUGGUGUCAGGUGUCAGAUGAGAUGUACUCUCGCGCAGACGCCCACAGAUCGUUGGGAAAUGCAUUUCAGCAGGAGGCCAUUCUGGAAUUACGUCAAGUCUUAGAUGAGCAUAACAAGAGAAAGAGGCCUCUCGACAAUGCCAUUGACAGAACGGGAAAGCUCGUAAUGGCGAACUGGACCGAGCAGCUCAAGACAAAAAAGAAACUGGCUGGGUUAACGCGGGAGCACGAAGCUUUAUUCAACUUUGUCGAGACUAAUAAGCACAUAUCCACAGAAAAAGAAAAACAAAAGAUGUUGAACCGUCUGACAAAGUCAGCAGAACUACAGGCACGAGUGGAUGAGGAGUACUUCAAUACCAACAUGGAGGGUCAACAGAUGAGACUCAAGUGGGAAAAUACACUGAAAAACUGCUACCAGGUUGUGCAGGAACUCGAGAAACAGCGUAUUGAAGUUCUUUGCAACAUUCUGACAAGAUAUAACUUGCAUAUGUCUAGUUUUGGGCAGACCCUCAAACAUGGCCAAAAGCAGAUAGAACUACUGGUCCAAAGAGUGGAUAUGGAUAAAGACAUACAAAGACUGGUAGAGGAGAACAACAUCACAACAGCAGACAACAAAGCAGAAUUUUUGAUGACAGAUUAUUUUGAGGAAGACAACAAAUCACUGAUGGACAGAGAGCGAAGAAAAGAAGCCAUUAAAGUUAAACUCCAUCGCUUGGAGGAAGGGAUGUUAAAAGCCAAGAAAGAUUGCGAAGGGAUCCAAAAGCUAAUGAAAAGCUACUCGGAAAAUCCUUCCUUUUCAAACCAGAGGAACCUGGAGGACACAGAGCAGCAGCUUGAUGAGAACACUCUGAAGUUGGAUCUCCUAGAGGCAACGCACUAUAAACUCUCUGUCUCGUUGUGCCAACUGGAGGGAAAACCGCAGUCCUUUCAUCGAUUUAGGGACAGCAUUGUUAAGUGGAAAGAUAAGGACUCAGAGCACAGUGUGGUGCAGUUGACCCGGCCAGUAAAACUCAGGAGAACUUCCUUCAGAACCAGACACUCCCUGAGAGCAUCCAUAAUCUACAAAGGACCUGUUCAGACCACAAAAUGUCCGACUGAAGAGCCUGCGACCUGUGGCCAGGGAUCAGAGGGCCUCGUUGAAACCCCAAAUGCCACACAAGCUGCUAAAGAACACGUUCAAAGAACGCCAGACGUUUGCACCGUGGGACAAUGCAAAGCCUUGUACAACUUCACACCGCAACACAGUGAUGAAUUAACUCUAAAAGAAGGGGAUCUACUUGAUAUUUACACAAAGGAAGAGAAUGGCUGGUGGUUUGGUGCACUCAAUGGCCAGACAGGUCAUUUCCCCUCAACCUAUGUUAAGGAGUUUCCUGGGUCAAGCAAUAUCCAAUCAUCUGAACCCUGA